GAAGCGCGUGCCUCCAUCAUUUGUGGCGACCGGACUGGGUCACCUGGGUGCAGGGAAAGGCAAAACGCUCUUGGGUGUCGACAGCGAGCUCGAGCUUGCUCAUAAGCUUCGUCCCUGCAACGGCCAACCGCACCACUAUUUCUGAUGACAAAGCCACACGAGCAGGUGCACUCGAAGCCUUGCAGCAGAAUACCCGGGUGCACCUUGCUUGCCAUGGCAAGCAGGACCCUGCGCAGCCUUAUAAUUCACGAACAUCUGACGCUGCUCGAUAUCGUGGAGAAACAUCUUCCGCAUGCCGAGUUUGCGUUCUUAUUAGCUUGUCAUACUGCUGUAGGCGAUGAGGAGACGCCCGACGAAGUGGUCCGCCUAGCAGCUGGUAUUCAGUUUUCAGGGUUCAAGAACGUCGUUGGCACACUUUGGGAGGUCGACGAUGCUGUCGCGAAACACGUCGUCGAGGCUUCUACGUCGCCCAUGCUCAUGAGCACACAAUCACUCCUUCUCAUCCUUGCAGUCUGUUCCACAAACCUAGCAUACCCCAUAAGCGGGAUCGAUGUAGAAGGUGCUGUGACAAGCCAUGAAGCUAUCCUGAUCGACGUUGGUCUAGUGUGCCGGAAUAUGGACGGAAAGGAUGUCGGCCAGGUGCAUGGAUGCUGAGCGCUGAGCGCUGACUCCAUGACAUGAAUUGUAUGCCAUACAAUUGAGCCAUGCCUGGAAUCUAGAGGUUCCUGUAGUGAUGACAAGUCACACUGCAGUACCGACAAGGGGUUCAGAAUGUGUCGGAGUUCGAUUAUAUGAUUCUGCCGAACGUUGGCCGAACGACGUAAUAUGCAAUUAGCA